AUGACCACACUGCUCCAGGCUCCUCUUCCCGGGGCCGAUCAUUUCACUCAGAACACCCUCGAUUCACCGUCAUAUUCUACGAUCUCCUACGAACCCUCACUCGAUUAUCACUCAUCUCGACCUGCAUACCCGUACAGGUCUGACCAGCGGUACUACUCGUCCACUCCCAGUCGAGGCUACGACCCUCCUGCUAGCUAUACAUACCACGCCACCCAGCCUUCGUCCAAGAGUAGUCUAUCGGAAGAGUCGGAUGACGACCAUGGUGAUAUGGACUUCCCUUCCUUCGGAAGUGGUACUGAGGAGCAGAGUAUCACGAUCAAGUCCGAACCCUCCCAAAAGACGACGGCUGUUUCAUCUACUCCGCACGAUGCAGAUCUACCGUCUAAGGUCAACGACGACCAGGCAGUUCAGAUCGAGCCUACGCAGCACGUCGACUACCUAUCACACGAAUGGCGAGAAGAGGACAUCUGGGCCUCCUGGAGCUAUGUAGUGAAGCGGAGGCAAAGCAUCGCCAACUGCACCAGACUCGAGAAUGCUUCCUGGCGGCAAUGGAUCAAGACCAAAAAGAACCUUAAAACCGUCUCGCCUGAGUCUCUCAACUGGCUCAAGGACUGCGACGUCACUUGGCUAUACGGUCCAUUACAGGUUGGAUCCAAGUCGUUAACCACAGUGACCCCACCACCAAGCCGGAUGUCUCAUCAUUCUUCUUUCAUUAACAAGAAGUCGAACCUUAAGAAGAAGUCGGCUUCUGCCGUCAUGCUGGAACGAUCAAGAUCACAACAAUCACUCCUGCAGCGUGUGAGUGAUAUUAUCGAGGUUCAAAAAGCCAGCAGCCCAGCGGGUGGCAGGCCAGCUUUUAAGCGCCAUUGCUCUGCCUUCACCCUUUCAUCAUCCAGAACGAAUACCUCCGUGGCACCUUCGCCCGCCGAACAGGAAGGCGAAGUCUCUACCAGUUCACGAACACCAUACUCAUACUCCGAAACUCCUACACCGGCUGAGUGUAAGCACGUCUUGUUCGACGAAGAAGUCAAGCAGGUUCAAGCUGUGGAAUCGGAUGACGACACCAAGCAGGAGCCAGAAGAAGUGGCUGCCAUGGAGUCCGAUGAAGAUGAUGACGGCGGCCUGAUGAUGGCGCCAGCUCUGCGAAGCAAACUCACAACCCCGAGGAGCAGUUUCAGCAACGACAACAAGACUAUCGUUCCUCUUCCAUCUACGACACUCAAAUAUAGAACCGACACACCCGAGCCGCCCGAGAUUCAAACCCAGUCGGGGCUAUGGUCAGGAGGCCGUAAACUGUCGCCCUCUCCAUCACAAGAAACCUUACGGCCUCCGAGACCGUCUCAUAACUUUCUCUUGGAUGAUGAUCCCGAAGUGAGUGAUGAACCCUGGAAAGCACCUUCCCAAGAUGCCUCAUACGAACCAGGUCCUGGGUUGCGGCGGACUGAAUCUGGCAUGUUUAUGCCAUAUGACGAGGAUGACGGCCCUCCACGCAACAGCAUUUUCGGCCAAGCCUUGAAUGCUGUCAAUACGUUCAAGGAUAUCGCGCAUGUGGUAUGGAACGUUGGUUGGUACAAGUCCACCGACAACCACUGA